AAAUACCCCGAAUAGACACUCCCCACACAGAAGGAGCGGCGAGAAGUAAAUCGGAGAUCGUUCAAAGUAGGAAAGGUGCAGGCCAAAUCGAAACCACUCAAACUCAGAAUGUUGGACGUCUAGUUGGAUAAAUGCGAUUUAAUAGCGGUCCUUCCCAGGCUGGGGUCAGUGGAGGUCAAUCUUGCUCUAGUUACCACAUACCUGAGCUAAUAUUGCGAUUGUGACAACAAAACAUGACGUCGAUUUUGAAGUGGAAUGUUGCAGGACUAAUUCCCCGUCAACGCCUAAUCUAGACAGAGUUGGUUUGUGAACAAAAGUUUGGGUUACAGGAUUGUGGUGUGGAAUUCGCUCUGCUGAUACAAUUGUAUUCCUAAAGACCAACACCCUCCACAUCAUGGACACACUAGGACUCAGCACUCAGUAUAAAGUACGACAUUGUUCUCAAUGUCAGGGGGACACUGAGUUUUACUGUAACUCAUGUAAACGUGAUCUGUGUUUACAGUGUAAAGAGAAACAUGUCAUUGAUCUAUAUACCGUGUACCAUGAUGUUGUGAUUUACCGUGAGAAGUUUGAAUAUUUACCAAAACAGGAACCUGCCUUGCUUUAUGAUGCAAGAAAACAACAAGUAGGAAAUGAACAACUGAAACUGAUAUUCACACCUGUAUUACACGCGUCUGUCUGUGUGAAAGGUGUUGGUAGUGUAAGAUACAUAUCUCGUGUGAUGUCAGACCGGGUCUGGGUCUCUCAUAUAUGCAAUAUCAUAUUGACAGACACAACAGGAGGCACUAUACACCGUGUGAAAGGUAUAACACCACUCUAUGGGGGAGGACUACACACAGUGAACAGUUCUGGUGAACUGAUUUAUAUAGACAGUGAAUAUAACAUCAACAAACUGUCUAUAGACAAUGAAACAGUCACCAAAUUCUUACAGAGACCAUUACCAUGGUUUCUACACUGUGUGUACUGUUCCCUGUCCACUGGAGAUCUGAUGGUGGGGAUGCGUAACUAUAAAACAGGCAAGGUAACCCGGUACAACAGUAGUGGUCAACACAUCCUGACCAUAGAACACGACAACACAGGACACACGCUGUAUAAUGAGCCUUAUUGUAUCACAGAGAACAAGAACGGAGAUAUCAUUGUGUCUGACUGGAUUACAUUAUACUGUGGUGCUGUAGUGGUGACAGAUCGCGGGGGGAGACAUCGAUUCUCCUACACAGGACCUCCAUCAGGAUCAUCUCUAGAUCCACGUGGAAUAUGUACAGACGCGCUUUCACACAUCUUGGUUUGUGAUCUAAACACCCGCACAGUACAGAUGAUUGACAAGGAAGGUCACUUCCUGUCUACGUUACUGAUACAACAACACGGGAUAAACGAACCAUACAGCCUGAACUAUGAUGAUAAAACUCACUUUCUCUGGGUCGGAUCAUACCGCACCAACACAGUGUCUGUGUAUAGAUAUCUACAGAGGAGAUACUCUCUGACUGAUGAUCCAGUCGAUGAUGAUAAGAUGAUCUUCAAAUCCACUGAUGGCACGAACAUCUGGGAAGGUACCAGCGAAAAAACCGAGUUAGAGUUGAUGUUAUCUCGAACGGGAAAGGAAAAGAAAGAUAAGAUCCCUGUUUCAGCAGAAAAUAUUCCAGGUUAGCCUUAAUGUUGUUAUAGUUUUAGAUGACAUGUUAUUGUAGGGAAGUAUAAGAUUAGGACAGGAAGGCAUUUUAUUAUCUAUAUGAAUGUUUUUCUAUAGUUUUAGCCCAGGUGAACUUUUCUAAUCACAUUUCGUCUGUCAUCUGUCUGUCCCUGCGUUUUGUCGUCUGCCAGCUUUUCACAUUUUCCAGAACCACUGGGCAAUUUUCAGUGAAACUUGUAUAAACAUCUCUGGGUUUACCUACAAAUAUGUUGCUUUCUGGGAAAUUUUAAGACAGACCAGAAAGCUACAGAGCCAUCCCUCAAAAACAUUCAAUUUUCAGUGCAGAAAAAAAUGGACAUGGAAAAGGCCUCGUAUAUUUGUAUCCCUGCAUCGCCAUCUCAAAAGUUUCAUAUCAAAAAAAUUCUAACGCAUGUUCCCACUAUACUUGAUUCCAAACAUACCCUCAAACAAUCAUUAAAGCGGUUGAGCUCCACGCAACGUGUAAACUCUAAGCUUCAAAUGUCUCAUUUGUUGACAUAAUUAAGGCCUCAACUGUGCUUAUUUCUUCUGUAUCGUUAAUCAAAAGUUUUUUAAAGGGAUGGAUGAUCCCAGAACGAAAUUUAAUGCAAAAAAAGUACCCCCCAAAAAGUAUAAAAAGGUACAACAAAAGCAUGCUUCAACUUCGACCAAUCGCGUGAAAGUACGAAGACGGCCGAAAAUUUUAGUCCUGUAUCCAUCUUUCGUAUGUAUGCUGUUCUUACCUCGUUUGUUUAAAUUUUCUACUAUUUAGAAACUAAUUCAUUAUUCAUAGUUGUUUUUUUUUAAACAAACACUAAGAUUGUAAUAGUUUAAAAUUAACUACGGAGUCACCUGUACUCUAUCUAUUGUCACUUCCGCUUCAGAUGUUUGAAAUCUUCGAUCUUUGAAGAUUGAGAAAAGGAAAAAAAAAUAAAGGGGAAACAAAUACGCGGAGGGUAUAAAAUAUAUUUUGUGGAUAACUUGGUAAAGGCUCCUAGAGUAUUCUUAUGGGAUAUGCGACGUGUAUGACACUCGAAGAAACAGUCCUACCUAACUUGAAAAGCCACGAGGUUGAGUGGUACUGAUAGUAAUGGCGCACCAGUGCCGAUGACUUUGCACGUUGUUUUCACAAUGCUCAUAUUCUGCACAACAUAUCUCUCGGUGACAUUAUUUCUUCGAGACCAAGCUCUGGACAGUUGAUCACAGUAAUGUGUAAGACCUUACUGAUUUGUCUGUGUGUGUAAUAACAAGUGUCAUAUGCAGUGAACCCAAACAAAGUGGAGAAUUGAUCUGUUGAGUUCAGAUAUUACAACUUAUAAAAUGUGCAGAUUGAAGACUUUUUUCAAUGUGGUUUUUUUUUUUGGGGGGGGUGAUCAUAAUAUAGAUCUGUCUAUAAAUACCCUGAUUGAUAUCGUUUUACAGAGAAAAAAAAGUGAUAUGUAAUUUUUCAAUUGUUUGUUUUGUUUAAAUUUCAGAUUAAUCAAUCAUCAAGUUAGAGUGAAAUCUUUAAUGUAAAUUAUUUUAAUAUUGUUUCGCACUUCGAAUUGAAAUAACAAUUUCUGAAAAAUAUGAAAUUUAUUUUCUCUCUUUCCCUUUUGAGAAAUAAUGGACUUUAUUUAUUUUCUUAUGGCAGUGCAAGAAAUAUCAUCAAAUAUAUCAGUCCCAUAAAAAGUCAUUUUUAUGACAGUGUAAAAUGACUAAGUCGAAAAUAAGUACAAAAAAGUACAUCCUUUAUUUGACUUAUUUUGCCAAAAAAUAUAAGUUCCAAUAAAGGUCAUUUUUAUUACACAGGGGACAAAACUAAGUUAAGAUUUAGCACAGAAAAAGCAUGAUUUAUAAAACUAAGUCCUAAAUAGUACAGAAAAAGUACACUGGAUAAAAACAAAGUCAAAAAUAAGUACACAAAAAUGUCACCAGCUUUCAGAGGCAACCUUGUCUAGUACAAAAAAGUAUACUUUUUCUUACCUACGUCUAAAAACUACACUUUGAUAAGGUUUAAAAGUAUCCUUAAAGUAUACAUUGGUGUAUUUUUUUGGUAUGGGAUAGCUCUCUCAUGGGUCGGUCCCAUUAUUUUCUAAGAGAGAUACAGAUCUGCAGAUAUUUUGAGUGGAGGGGAUUCAAAUUAGUUCAAAUGGAGGUCAUUGCCCCUUUCAAUCGGAUUAAAUUAAACAAAUAUCUUUUAAGGGCCAUAAAAGGCAGUUCAGGUGAGCAGUGUGCGUCAUGACUCCCUUGUCAUCAGUUUUGGGCAUUUUCAGGGGCUUUUAUUUUGUUUUUAAAGCAAGCGCUUUUUGUUUUACACUGGUGCUAAGUAUAUUGGGACAUUUAGGUCAUUUUUUUUAAUUGGUUUAUGGAUUUCAAAAUUUUCAAAUCCGUUCGGAAGAGGUAAAAUGAUGUUCAAAUGACAAAAUGUUAAGUAAUAAAAAUGAAUUUGAUUUGAGGUCAAUGUUUUAUCAUCAACUUUAAAGAACACACCGCAUGUUUUUAAGCUUUUUUCAUUUUUUCAGCAAAAUCAAUUCUUUCCAUGCCUAAAACUACUUUAAAUUUGUUUUAAAUGAAAUCUUUUGGGGAGUUUUCGAGUUUGAAUGCGAUGAAAUUCAAAUCUUGCGAUAUGAAUAUUUACUUUCGAUAUUUUACACUCAAUUAUGUGUGACGUCAUAUGCACCCUCGGGUUUGAAAACAUCUAUUAGCCAUUUCAUAAACAGAUUAGAUUUAAUCGACAAAAAAAACAAUUAUCACGUUAACGGCUUCUAAAUAAUACUGUAUUAAGAUGUUUUGUGCCGUGUCCGGGUGUACUAGGUGUCGGUAGAAAGGAUUUAGAUUGAGUAUUUUUCAAUUUGUCGAAGGAAGAUGUGGAUAUUUUUUUUUGUUGGAGCAAGAACUGUACCUGAAAACAAAAACCCAGUCAUCUUUUCAAUAACGCUUAGACAGGGACGCUGAUAAACUGCGAGAAAAUUGAUAUACCGAAGCUAUAAGCACUGGUAGGCCUGUGUGUGUGUGUGUGUGUGUGUGUGUGUGUGUGUGUGUGUGUGUGUGUGUGUGUGUGUGUGUGUGUGUGUGUGUGUGUGUUCGCGCACUAUCUCGGGACUUACGACACGUAUAAGGUUACACACGAGCAACCUACGACAUUUUCAGAACCUACGACACAAAAGUGUGUCGUAGGUUUGCAGACCCCUUGAAAUCGGAAUUUUUCAUCGUGUUUUACCCAGAAAAUACAAAAUUUUGUAUAGUGUGAGUUUCCGGGUUACACACGACUUUUGUUACACACAACACCGAGCCAUAAUGGGGUGCUUACACACUUUGCAUCCUUGCCAUAUUCGCGCAUGCGCAAAAAAAACUUCCUACGGAAACAAGGUCGCGUGGAUGACAAUGCAAAUUUGACGCAACAGAUUAUGAGAUACAGAUGAAACAUGCAGGGAACCAUGUAAAUGAUUCUGAAAGUGGCUACCCAGGUGCUGUUUAAGGAAGCUUGUAAUAGGAGUGGAAAACCACCCAAAAACUAUGUGUCUCAAAAUGCCAGUAGAGACAUAGAAAGAAGAGAGGAACUAGCUGGGAUAUCAUUAUGAAGAACCUAACCUCCUUGGAGUCAAACUACAUUCAGAGGGAAUGCAGAUACUGAGGCACCCUAGCUCAUCUAGGAAGUCGGGAAGAAAAAAGCGAGCCAAUGUUCAGUGCCACACUUGGACCACUGCAGAAAAGGCAGCUUUGUAAAGACAAUUUGAGACUUUCAUCAAACUAGGAAAAACUCUGGCUCAGGUUGACUGUCUAAAAUCCAUUUGGAAGGAGAAAUCGCUGUCCAGUUUAACAUGGUGUCGUGGAAAGUUUGCUGUUAAAAAUAUUACUUCCUGGCAGAGGUGUUACAAAGAGUUAAUCCAAUUUUUAUGCCCCCUCCAUUUGAAGGAGAGGGGACGUAUAUAUUGUUUUACAUGACUAAUUCGGUCUGUAGAGCAAAUCUUGUCUGCUCAAUAUCUAAUGAAUUCUUUUGCUUGACUGUUUCCAAACUUGGUACAAUGAUUGCCCCUAGAUAGUGAAUGAACCAUAUUAAUUCACAGGUCACAGGGUCAAGGGUCAAACUGGACACAGUAAGAUAUUAUCUGUUCAAUAUCUUGAGAACGCUUUCCUGACAGACAUCAAACUCGGUAUACUGGUUUCUUUUAAGAAGUAGGUGGUUUCUUUUAAGAAGUAGAUGGUUUCCUUUAAGAAGUAUAUGUCCCAUAAUGUCCCAUAUUCAUUUUGAAGUCACAAGGACAAAGGUCAAACUGUACAUAAUAAAAUAUUGUCCACUGAAUAUUUAAAGAACCAACCCUUUACCUGACAGUUACUAAACUUGGUACAGCGGUUGCCCCUAGAGAGUAGAUGACCCCUACUGAUUUCCAGAUCCCAAGGUUGAAGGUAAAAUUGGACAUAGUAAGAUACCGUCUGUUCAAUAUUUGAGAACCAUUCGCUUGACAGACAUCAAACUUGGUUCACUAAUUUUCCUUAAGAAUUAGAUACCCCAUGGAUUUUGAGGUCACAAGGUCAAGGGUCAAACUGGACAUGACAAGAUAUUGUCUGCUCAAUAUAUUGAGGACUCCUUGCUUGACAGAUAUCAAAUCAGGUACACUGGUUCUACCUAAGGAGUAGAUGACUCCAUUUGAUUUUGAAGUCACAAGGUCAAUGGUCAAAAUACUACGGACAUAGGUAUUGUCUACACAAUAUCUUGAGUUUACGUUUCUUGACAGACAUCAAACUUGGUACACUGACACAUCAUAAGUGUAGAUAUCUAGUAUUAAUUUUAAGGUCAAUGGUCAAACUACUCUGGACAUCAGAUUUUGUCCAUUCAGUAUCUUGAGAACCCUUGUUUGACAAACAUCAAACUUGGUAGUCUGGUGCCGCCUAAAGAAUAGAUGGCUCCCAUUGGUUUUAAACUCUGAAGGUCAAAGGUCAGGACUCAAAUAACUGGUUAUUUGAAAAUAUCUGCUCAGUACCUUUAGAGAUCACAUAUAAUGGUUGCCUCUGACUAAUAGAUACAUUGUAACUUUUGCUACAAACAUUCUAAAUGAUCAUUUUCCAUUUUGUAAUAUGGAGGGCAUAUAUGUUUCUUAAAUCUUUCUUGUAAAUGGUUUUGAUACUAGUUUUAUAUACAAGAUGUAUUAUCAGCAUUUGUCAUUCAUUGUACACCAUACAUUGGUUCAUUCAAAAUUGAUAAAUAUAUAAUCAACAGCAGUACACAUGAAAUAAUUCUCCAUCUAUAUCUUGAAUUGAACAAAAAGUUUAAUGGUAUUCCAAGGCCUUAUAUUCAUGUGCGAUUGAAAGACUGAAUGAAUAUACUAAGAUAAUAUAACAGUAUUUAACUAAAACUAAUUGCAGUUUAACACUAAUGUACUUAUAAUGUAAUUGAUAGUACCACGCUCUUACUUGUAACUUGUUUUCAUUUAUAUUCAAUAGAUAUUUCAAGUUUGAUAGCUAACUCAAAUUUCAAAUAUGAAUAAACAUUAAGUGUCUGCUGUUUUAAGACUAAAGAGUAGCUUUAUUUACAUCAUAUGAGGUUUUUUGAGCUAAAUUGAUCAGCUUUGUAUGCUUAUGAAAUAAAUAUGUACACCUAUA